ACAUAUUUUAUUUUCCAGCCUGGAACUGAUGCCAGCAUGGAGCUACCCCUGCCAGCUUCGCCCAUCCAGACCCUCUCCACUGCCACUAGACCAGGGCUGGCUGGCUUCCACUGAGAUGAUCUGAAGAGGAGCUGGAGAAAGCAGAGCUACGUUUAAGAUGACACGGACCGACCCGCCUGACAUACUGGUGUCUACAGUGUAUCAAGACAUAAAGGUGAACUCCAUCGCGCCCAGGGAUUCUGUCGUCUGCCAGCCACGGCCACAAUGUGAUGCCUUCAUGUCCAGCUCCCUGCAGCGUGACCCGCAGCCCUUCAACAAGCGCCACUGCAGGAGCUUUGACUUUCUCGAGUCAUUCGACGACCAACUGGAGCCUGGCACCACCAUGGAGCGCCCCUGCCGGCGCCCAGGCACCCCAGAGCCCUCCUCAGGCUCUGGAGUACGAAAGGCAGCUUUUAAGUCGGAUGUUUAUAACACCAGAUCCCACCCUCAUGGGAGGGAAGGCCCCAAGGAACCGUCUGUCCGGGCAGAGCCAAAGAGGAGAGCGAGGUCAAAGAGUGCCCCCCGCGUGAAAUCCACCUUCACCCCUGUUUCCAUCCAGAUGUCUUCCUCUCCCCCGCCGCCCACAAGGAGAGGGCGUGAAGUGCUGCGUGUUGGCAGGGAGCCUGCCAGGGUGGAGACCUCACCACGCCGGGAAAGCAGCUAUGUGCCCAUGAGAGCCAUGGCCAAUGAGGUGCACCCCAUCAAGCUCCAGCCCCAGAGGAGCAGUGCCAGCCGCAUCUCACCACUCUGUGUCAGCAGCAACUGCUUUGAGGAUGCCCCCGGUAUGAAGCCGGCUGCCAGCCCGCACGUCAAGUGCCGGAUGGACAUCAAGCCAGAUGAAGCAGUGCUGGUGCAUGCGGCACGCAGCAUAAAGGCAGCACAGAACAGGAUGGAGGCACCAUAUUGGUCGAGGCCUCCUGGCACUGCUAGGAGCCUGACCGUGCCCAGCAGCAGGCAGGUGUCCGUGUCUCGUACCCCCACACCCAGUGACUCCUAUAGUGGGGAGCACCGGGUCAUCCCCUACCCCAAUGAGUACUACGAGGGGGACCCCCGGGGGAUGGCUUACCAGACAGUGCCUGUGCCCUCCCCUCGGGAGUAUCCCGAAAGGGGCUGUGUGACCUUCUCCACCCCAGCUGUACCCACAAAGUUCUUCUAUACCGAGGAGCCCGUGGGGUGUCCUGGCAUCCCACUGAAAAGCUCUGGCUAUGAAGGGUACCCUCACCCCUAUCCUGCACGUCCCAUCCCUCCACCGCACUUCUACCCAGAGGACAUAAGCAAGGGAAAUGUGCACACUGUCCCCCCCCGGACUUUCUAUGUGGAAGAAGCAAGGACCUACCCCGUCCAGGAAGCCCCCAGCCACACUUUCUAUGGAGAUGACCCUCGGUUUUUUGCCCCACGGAGUGCCCCCAUCAAAACCCUGUAUACAGAGGACUCCCGGGCCUACCCCGCCCUAAGCUCCUCUGCCCGGGUUUUCUAUGCUGAGGAUUAUGGGAAAUACCAUGAGAGAGAAGCCAUUUCUAGGACGUACCCUCACCCCCGCAGUGUCCCACCCUUGCACUUCAGUGACUGGUACUGCCCAGACCGGGGGGCGCUGCCCUAUCAGACUUUGCAGAUGUCUCGCUUUGCCCCCCACCCCUCUGGGCAUGAGGCUUUGCUUUCCUCCUGGCAUGCCAGCUACAGCACAAAUCCACCCAGGCUGGGCACUGACAGCCGGCACUACUCCAAGUCCUGGGACAACAUCCUGACCCCCAGCAUCCGCCGCGAGGAUCCCAUGUGCCGUGGGCGCAGCUAUGAGAACCUGCUUGUCCAGGGCCACCACCAACGUGCCUUAUCACCCGACGACCGGCGGCAGCCAGUGGUGAUCAACCUGUCCAGCUCCCCAAAGCGAUACGCUGCACUGUCCCUCUCUGAGAACUCCCUCAUAGAGAGGGUGCACUCGGAUGGUGGGAGGUACGCCAUGGGCCGAUCCUGGUUCGUCACCCCGGAAAUCACCAUCACGGACAACGACAUUAAAGCCAAUGGCCUGGGCAAGAGCGAGAAGCGCUCGGCCAGCUGGGAUGUGCUGGACGCGGGGCGGGAUGGGCACCGCCCCUAUGCUACACCCUAUGACCCAGGGCCCACUACCAAAGAGAGCGCUCAGAGCAGCUCUGCCCGCCAGCGCAGCCUGGAGCAGCUGGAUGAGCUCAUCACAGACUUGGUCAUUGACUACAAGCCACCGCCCAGCCACCGCUCCACCGACGGUGACAGCCUGACGGACCAGCUCAAGAAGCUGAUCAGCAAUGGCGCACCAGCACCUGCCAGGAAGCCAGAGUCCCGGAGGCCAACACUGUCUUCGGCCAUGGAGCCCAGGCCUACCAAGGAGCAGCCAGGGCCCAGUUGCUUCCGCAGCGACCUGCGCAAGGAGCACGGUGGGCCCUCUCUGGCAGCAUCCAUUUCUAGCAGCAGUUUUGAGAAGCAGCUGGACGACUGCUCCCCGGACCUGAGCGCUGAGGAGGAUGACAUGAUGAUGUGCUCCAAUGCCAAGUGUCGGCGGACAGAGACCAUGUUCAAUGCCUGCCUCUAUUUCAAGUCUUGCCACAGUUGCUACACCUACUAUUGCUCCCGGAACUGCCGCCGGGAGGACUGGGACAUCCACAAGGAGAGCUGCAUCUACGGGCGCAUAGGGAGUAUCUGUCGGCACGUGCUGCAGUUCUGCCGGGAGAACGGUGAGGUGCACAAGGCUUUCUCGCGCAUUGCCAAGGUUGGGUACCUCUCCCGGGGUCGGGGGGUGCUCUUCCUGGGCUUCCCCAACUCGGGCUCAGCUGAAAACUUCCUCCAGUUUGGCUUGGAGAGCUUGCUCAUGUCGCCCACCUACCUGUCCCUGCGGGAGCUGGAAGGUUACUCCGACAACCUGGGGGAUUACGCCCGGGAGCUGCGGGAUGCUGGCAACCAGUAUGACCCCGAUGAAUGUUUCCUCUUGAAUGUAACUGUGGCCGUUGGCCAAAAAGUGCCUCAGAGGCCAUCGCCGAAGAUGCAGGUGCCAACGGUUAGGAAAUAUGCCAAGGUGGCCUUAGCCUCUUCCAGCCCUGAGAAGAAGAUCCUGAAGAAGGAGCGGGACAUGGAGACGUUGAUCCUGACCCCACCGCCCGGCACUGCAGACAUCGACAAGGAGGGCGAGGAGGGGAGGAAGGCCCGGGAGGUGUGCUUCAUCAACAUCCAGCGGGAGCUACGGAUCCGUGGCGUCUUCCUGCGCCAUGAGUUCCCCAAGAUCUAUGAGCAGCUCUGUGACUUUGUGGAAAGCAACAAGAGGUUUACACCCACCACCAUUUACCCCAUCGACAAGAGGACCGGCAAGCAGUUCAUGUGUAUGAUCAUGGCCGCCUCGGAGCCACGGACCCUGGACUGGGUUGCCAGCCCCAACCUCCUGGAUGACAUCAUGUGAUCCAGCCUGUGGCCACCUCUCUCCUGUCUGGCACCCAGGCCUCUUAUUUAUUUACCCUUUGUAGAUACGUAUUUUAUUAUGGACACACUAGCCUGGCCGGUCAGUAUAUUCUUAUCGUUUCUAACAGAUACGUGUUGGCUCACAGCCCUAGGGGAGUCCUGAGGAAAGAUCGCUGCCCUGCUGGGAAAGCAUGGGUUCGUGGACUCUUAGCAGGUCUCUGGCCACCCACGUUUGUUGCCACUGGUUGGCUAGAUCAGGAGCUGCUGAGGUCUCCAGGUCCUGGUUUGUCUGGGUGGAGAUGGAGGGCUGGGGAGUGGGCAAAGGGCAUGGCUGGUUGUGGGGUUUGAAGUUUGCUGUGAGGAGAGGAGCCCUGCAUGUUGGGUAAGGUCAGUGCCCUGUCCCUGGGUCUGAGGCACGUGGGGUGUCUGGGAGAUUCCAUCACUGCCUUUCCUGGUGCCCUCUGGCCAUGGCACGGGGCUCUCAAGCCACUGGCCCUCAGCUCUUCUAGGAACAGCUUGUCCUGAGUAGGAUCCCCAGCCUCAGCCUGUGGCUCCAACCACUAGACAACAAGGCUACCUCUGAGCUUGCAUGGACGUGCCCACUCCUGUGACCCAGGCAGCUGGCAGGUUGUAGCCACGCACAGGUGAGCAGCCCUCCCCUCACCCAUCCUUGUUUAAUUCUGCAAAUAGCCAGCAAGGGGAUGGGUGUUAUCCUGCCCUCUGGGGAUGUUCCCGCCAAGGGUGCGAGGCCACUGACACCCAUUCAGCUGCACAUGUGCACGGGGCCAUGUCACAGUGCCCACGGGUGUGUUUGGGGCUCACCAGGGGCCUGUUUGUGUGGGGCUUACUGCCGCCUCCAUCCAAUAUGCCUGUUCCCCUGCCUGCUGCCACAUGUACCCACAGUCACUCUACCCACAAUUACUCCCCUUGCCAAACCUGCCACCCUCCAGCACCUCCCCAGGCCCAGUUGUUCCCCACUGCCAAAACAAGGGCCCUAUCCUGUGUGGUACUGAGCACCUCCAGUCCUUUACUCUCCCUGCCCUUUUAGUAGGAGCAGGGGGAUACUGCACCUCAGGAAAGAGCCUGGAGUGGAAACUCUGGAAAGACCCCUGAGGCCCCGCGUAGACUCAACAAGGGAGGCUGGAGAUUAAAGUGCCAAGGCAUUUCCUGCCUUCCCGCGAGGCCAAGCUAAAGCCCCACAGCAGCAGCACCUGGCCCAGGCCUAGUCUCCUCCUCUCAGUUACACCAGCGCAGCACCACCUCUGCUGCAGCCAGCCCCAUGGUGUAGCUGAGAGGGGCCUGGGGAUGCUGCCUCUCAGUGAGGGCCCAUUGUACGGACAGGGCUGCCUUCCCAGUGCCCCCAGUGUGUGUGUAUCUGGCUCCCCUGGGUGCUGGGAGAGCAGCAUGGGCAAGGCUCAAGCUGGGCUUUGGUGCUAGGUCUGUCUUUAGUGCCGGGAUCCACUUGCAAUCAGAGUGAACCAAAUGUAACCACAGAAACAGACUGUGUGAGG